AUGUUCAUCGGACACAUUUAUAAAGCAUUGUAUGAAUAACUAAAUUGGGUAUAUCAAUUUUAAAAAAUCAAAACAUUAUUCCGUUUCAGGACAAUAUACUAUACAGACUAGUGUCAUUAAACCAACACCAAGUAACCUCUUGGUGAGAGAACUAGACAAGGAAUGGAUUGAAUCAUUACACAAAAACAUGAAAAAAUGUCCUAUCAGACCAAUAACAAGGAUCCCAAUUCUUUUGGCUGAUAAAAAGGUUUGCGGCCCUGAACAAUUCGAAGAAGAUGAACUAACAUCAUACAACAUGUAUGCCUUGGGGGGAAAUCACCUUUUGGCAGCAAUGAAAAGGGUGUUGGUCGAAUUUCCGCUGAAUGAUGACUACAAUUGUUUCUGCAACAUAGACGUAGAAAUCUACGUUGGACUAACAGAGGUUGAGGGGAAAUUUCUUGCCAACACCCACAACAGAAUUUGUAAAACAAAAGAGUUUACAUUUAAGGUAAGAGGUUUUGUCCACUAUAUAAAAUACAUAUUUAUGUGAUUUUUUUUUAAUGUGAUUCAUUCACACAACCUAAUUUAAUUGCUAUAUAAAGACAUGGAUAGUAGAAGUUCAAAAUGGCUGGUACCAGAAGGGA